AUGCCUGAUAUAAUAAACGAAUCAACAUAUGGUGGCUGUGAAGGUCCUGAUGCUAUGUAUGUGAAACUCAUAUCUUCAGAUGGUCACGAAUUCAUAAUAAAGCGAGAAUAUGUAUUGAUAUCAGGUACCAUUCGUGCCAUGUUGAGCGGUCCUGGUCAAUUUGCUGAAAAUGAAACCAAUGAGGUAAAUUUUCGAGAAAUUCCUUCCCACGUUCUACAGAAGGUGUGCCAAUACUUCGCUUAUAAAAUGCGGUAUACAAAUAGUUCGACAGAAAUCCCUGAGUUCUCUAUCGAACCCGAAGUUGCGCUGGAACUACUCAUGGCUUCCAAUUUCUUAGACUGUUGA